AUGACGAUGCCCACGCUGACUGGCACAGGCAGCCCUGGGGUGAAGAAUGCAAGCGGUGUGCUGACGCGCAUCGUUCAGGUGUGGUCCACCACUGUCAGGACACUGGUCCAGCUGAAUGAUGAGCAGCCGACUCUGGAGGGAGCGCAUGCGGCCAAUGGGGGUGUGGAAAGUCGCACAGGCGCUGCGUUUUGGCCGGCCCAGUCUCUGCCCCUGUGCGGGCUGCUCUUCCUCCAGAGCCCGGGGCAGCCGUGGUAUGUGGCCCUGGUGUGGGAGAGCGGCCGGGCCGAGGUAUGGAGCCCUCCCCUGGGAUCUAGUGACCGAUCAUGGACCCUCCUUCAGUGCGUGGAGCUGUGCCACGGCCCGCGGGCCAGGGUGGCCUCCGUCUGCUGCAGCCAAGGCGAGGAUCUGCUGUGGUGCGAGGAGCGGGCCACCUCGAACCACUUCAGCUACUGUCUGUGUCGCCGGAGCCUCCGAGUCAGUGGGUGCCGGGUCGCCCUGGGAACCAUGGCGAUUGUCCUCCAUCACAGCCCAUUCUACACCCUUGUGCCCUCGCCUAGCUGCGUCUUCAUGAUCCCCAACACCAGACGGCACCCUAUCCUGGUCUACGCCCUGGCUGAGGCCGCCAUCACCCUGUCCACCCUCACCGCUGGCGUCAUCCAUGCCAAAGCCCUGGCCGAGGGUGACAUGGAUUACAAAAAGCUGACCCUGGAGUGCAUUGGGGUCAUGACCCGCCAGGCAGACCCUGAGACUCAAUAUUUUGCCACCGCCGGUUCUGCACAUCUGCUGGUCAUGACGGCCGCCGGGCGGAUACACCUGCUGCAGCAGGACGGAACCGUACGGCACGUCAUUGACCUCGAAGGCAACUUGGCCACGGACGCGCAAGUCAAAAUGGCGGUCGCCGGUGACACGCUGGUCUGCACGGUGGAAGCUGCUUUGCACCUCAUUGACAUCCGCACCGGCAGGCUUGUGGCAAAGCAGCUGUUGAACGAUGGGCAUGUGUUCCUUAUGGAAGUGUUGGGGGCCGGAGACGUCCAGCUGCUGACCCAGGCCGGCGUUUACAAAAUAAGCCGUGGUGCCGGAGGUAGCAGCACGGCGGAGUCGGCCCUCUUGGACAUGGUCUACGAGGAGGCGUGCAAGUAUUACCAGAGGAGGAGCCUCAGCAGCGCCAAGCUGACCGUGCAGAGCCUGAAGGAAAACGGCAUGUUCCAGGCUCCCAUUACCCUCUCGGCCAUCCUCGGUCAGAAAAACGGAAAGCCCAAGGAUGUGAACUCCGACCUGUUGAGCAACAUCGACAACGAGCUUCAGAGUUUCCAAAGCCUGGAGCUUUUGAAAUCCUGCAUCGUCAACGUGCCAGGCGCCGAAGUCGCCAAGUACUGCGACGAGCUGGUGGAUCUGGAGAUCACUCGCCUCCUCCAGGCGGAACUGGACAGAGAAAGCUUGAUGUAUAUAAACUCCCUGUUUACCGCCUUCCCCAAAUCGGCCUGGAUGUCCAUCAGGAACAACUUCCAGUUCCAGCGGAACGGAGACGGGAAGAUGGUGGUGCGCGCCACGGCCGACCUCUGGAAGAAAGUCUUGAGCCCCCUCCCCUUGGCGUCGAGGGAGAGCUCCCAGAACGGAGUCUACCCGCUGUUCGAGGUCGUCUGCCAGUCGCUGUGCGCGCACAAACCAAAAUGGCUGCCUGAGUUCGUUCAGCACGCCCAGGACUGUUCGGGGCUCUACUGGAAUUUUACUACCAAAGAACACUGCGAAGGGGCGCCACUGUACAAGCGGGCGCUCGCCGUCCUGAACAAGCGUAAGGAAAACACUAACGUUGACCUGGAGGUGGAGAUCUUGCUGCGCAGCGGCCGGCCGCAAGCCAUCAUCCAGGCCAUACACACCUUGAUCCGCCUCCAGCGCUGGUCCAGGGUCAUGGAGGAAACGCUCCGCUACUCGCAGCUCAAUCCGCUGAUCAAAAAGGACGUUUUUAUCACGCUGCUGGUGGAGUUCGUCAAGCACAGACAGUUGGACCCCUACGCGCCCCAGCUUUGCCAAAUCUGCCCCGAGGACUUGACCGCCACGGACAUCUUACGCAUCGUCCUUCAGAAUACACCCAAAACCCCGUCGGGCCCUCCUCCCUUCUCCGGAGACGCCGGGGCCCAUUUAACCGUAGGCUUGCUCAAACCCCUGUUGAACAAGGUGCUGCAAAAGCAGGUCGGGAGGGAAGAGACGUUCCUGAGCCCGACUUUUCCACCGACCACGCCGCAGCGGACGAACAAACCUGCCGGACAGAUUCCUACGGUUAAUGGGGAGGAGCUGUCGCCCACAGACAUCUACGCCACUAAAGCCUUGUAA